AUGGCUCUGGGAGUCUUGUCUGUGUUAUGCUGGAAGCGGUUUAGGAACCUCUCUUUCAUGGAACAGUUUCUGGACUACAGACAGGUCCCAACAGCAACUGAAGCCAACGAAAAUACUCAAGAAAUAAGGAAUGGACACGCCACAGAGGUCAAGGAAACACUUGAUGAAGAAGAAAACCACGAGAAAGGUUGGGCUCUUGAUAUUAUUUUAAUUUGUUAUUAUUUAGUUGUGCGACUAACAACAGCAAUAGAUGCCAUGCUAGAUAUAUUUUUUGUGACACUCAGGUUGUAAAUCGAUUACAGAACGUCUUACCGGAACAAUGUGUCGGUUUCUUGCGAUCAUGAAGUGUGCAGGAUUGCCUGGCCAACUAGUAGUCUGGUUGCUUGGCUGACUCGAGGGCUCUCCAACUGACUGAUUGACUGACUCAUUUAUAGACUGGUUUACUUGCUAACUGACUGAUUAACUGACUGAUUGACUGAAUGUCUCUCUAUUUGGCAGUCUGACUGUUUAGCUGUCUGAUUACCUGCCUGUCUCUCUAUUGUCUGUCUGGAUGUCUCACUGCUUGUCUGUCUGAUUAACUGACUGACUGAUUGUCUCACUGUCUGCAUGUCUGUCCUACUGAUGGAGUGUUUGCCUGUCUGUCUGACUCAUCGACUAUCUGUCUGCCUGACUGUCUGUCCGUCUGAAUUUCUGUCUGUCUGUUUGACUAACUGACGAAGAAACUGACGAAGAGCUGACGCUCGAAACGUCAGCUUUUAAACUCUUUAUGGUAGCCAAUUCACAUUGUUAACACAGUUGAUAAAACUUAUCUUCACUAGUUGACCGUCUAACUUUCCGGCUGUCUAAUGGCCUGACUGUUUGAAUGACAGACUAGCAAUGAGUCACACGGACGCACGGACGGACAGACCGAACUACAGUUAGUACGUGGCUGGCCACUCGACUGGCUGAUUGACUGACAGAAUGAUAGAUUGAUUGAUCACUUAAUUGAUCCCACACUAAUUCAUUGAUUGAUUGUGCAAACAGAUUCCUUAGGUGUUCAAUUGUAUGGCAUUUUCCUCUUUCUCUCAGAUACCUCGGAGAAGAAGCAGAAGCCACCUCCUCGUCAGUUUCCUUCCCAGCCCCUCCUCCUUGGAUCCCUAAACCUGAAGUUAGUGUGGUAUCUGUUCAGCCCCAGGACUCCUCAAUUAAAGAUGACGAUGAAAUUCCUUAUUCUAGUUCAGAUGAAGAACCAAUGCCGGUAAUAAUGUUAAUUCAGUUUUUUUUUUCGUACACUUUUCCAACUUUAGUCUACUCCGUUUUUAAUGCACUGAGGUUGAGUGUCGUAAGAUCAAAAUAAUCCCAUCGGCCAAUCAGAGGAAACGAAUCCAAAAGCGCGGGAAAACGGAAGUGUCUAAGCCGCGCUUGGUUCUGGCUUCGCAUCUGAUUGGUUGAGAGGGUGGCGGGAGUUUUAUAAACCAAUCACAGAACGAAGUAAAGCGUAGCCAAUUCAUUCCCAGAUUGCUUUCGACACUCACUCGAAGAUUGCUCUAGAAACCGCUUAAAUCAUUUCUAAGGUUAACGAUUUUAUUUGUUAAAACAGUUGAAUUAUACUUUCUCUCCAGUCCCCAGCAACUCGGGAAACUAUGACGCCCUACGAUCUAACGGACUCAGGCCCCGUAGAGCGCUUUAUUCCUCCGAGCGAGGCAGAUUUCCUUGGUCGAGUGUAUUUUUCGCUGCAGUUUGACUCCAAUAGGUAAGCAAUGCCUCGUCCAUCAUGAUCACACUUGUGUUGCUUCCAGCUGGACUAUCGUUAAUCACGAUUGAAUCGAGCUCGUUAGAUUCCUAGCUGAUUUCCUUACAACUGGCCAAUCAGAGAACAGGACUGGAAUCGUCAAGUCCUCUGUCGACAAAGUUUGCUCCACAUUCGAACAUGUCUCUGCGUUUUUGAAAUUACCUCCAAGAAUAUUUACUUUUUCCAGAGCUAGGAAACCUAUCAAAUCGAAAUUCCACGUAAGUAGAUUUCAAUCGGCUAUAAAAGCAAAUUAUGACAGCUCCAAGAUCAGUUGGUAUGAAAAAUGGAGCUAAAUUCCUAAGAAUAUGUUGUUAUUUCCGGUGACCAGUCGGUAAUUAUCGUUUGCGAACUGUUACUUUCUGUAAAAAUCGAUUCCAUGCAGUUGCAGACAAACCCCACGAGUUUCAAUCUCGUUCGUUGUGUAGUGGUGAAAAUGAUAUCAAUAUGCGCGUGAAAGUAGAGAAACUUGUUUCCAUCCCCAUAAUGUCUAUUUAAUCUUUAAUUUUCAGGAAUGUCUUGAUUGUAAAGUUGAUCAAAGGGGAGGAAUUUCCACAAUACGCUGGAGACUCUCCAAAUGUCUUCCUUGAACUUAAACUAGUUCCAGCCAUGAAGAAAGAAAUUCUGAAAACUGACAUUCACGAAAGAAAUUCGAAUCCUAACUUUAACGAAGUCUUCGAGUUUGGUUUACCUUACGACCUGGUGAAACAGCAGAAUCUUAGUUUCACAGUAAUGUACAUGGACAAAUUUUCACACCCCUUCCCUGUGGGGGAGGUGACGCACCACCUGGAUCACUUAGACAGAAAGGGUGGCGAAACAGUUCGAGAAGAGAUGAUCGUGUGUAGGGAAAUACAAAGAUUGCAACAGGUAUGACGAAUGGUUAAGAUUUCAGACGUACCAACCGCUUUAAAAGGAGCUGAUCUGAAAACCCGUAAAAAAAAAUUGGAGACUCGACAACAAAUAGCGAGAUUUUAUAUUUCCCCGACCAAAGUUAAACGAAUCCUUUUUGGUUUUUUUUUUUAGGGGGGGGGAGGUUAGUAAGUAUUUACUUAAUUGUUCUUUGCUUUUCUUGUGUUACUUGUGGUAAGAAGAUCCAGUCUUCUCUGAUGAUUCGAGCAGGUCAUCUCGAAACCUAUGGCAAACCAUCUUUUCUUUUGGAUAAGACAGACUUCUGGUCAAAAUAAUUUUCUCCUCAAAAACUGUUAGAUUGAUAGUAUUGUCAUGAAGCUGUCAGAAAAGAUUUAAGAAAAAUUGUGAUGCCCACGGCAGAACAAAUAUAAAAAUGUUAGGUUAUUCAACCUCUUUUUGAUGAUUAAUUUUUUUAACCAUUGUGGCAUCAGCAUACAGUAGUAUACAAUAACGACCAAUACCUAGCAUGUCUAAUAAUUUUUUUUCUUGGUGUCUGUCACAGAUCAAAGAUCAACCACGUGACUUGGGCUUUGGUCAGGUGUUAUUCUCGCUUAUGUUUAUGCCGCUGACCAGACGAUUAACGAUUGUUAUUUUCAAGGCACAGCAUCUAAAGCCCGCCAAGGAGGGUUUCCCAGGUCAGACUAACAUGUUUAUUUUGGAAAUGUCACUUUCACUAUAUUGUUCAUCUGAGAGUUUUACUUUAAUAUCAACUAACUUACAAUUCAUUAUUUUAAAUAAAAGCGGGGUGGGGGCAGGGGGGGCUGUUGAAUGAAAGCGUUACUUUCCCUUGUUUCUAGUGGAGUCCCUGUCUCAAGAUGUAUUUUGUGUUAUAGCAAAAAAAAGGCAUUAACUUUAGCGUUGCACUCAGUGAAGGUAUUCUCUCUUUUUUCUUUUUCAGCCAUUUAUGCUGAAGUUGUAAUGAUUAACGUCAAAAAGAGACAACGGAAGCGAAAAACAACAACUCUACGAACAGGAAGCUUAUUUCCGGUUUAUAACGAAGCUUUAGCAUUUGAUGUGGCGGAUGCUAACCUAGAAGACAUUCGUUUGCAAGUUUUUGUUAAACAGGAAUUGGAAAGUUCUCCUGAUCAAGUUGUUGGCCGCGUGGUCCUGGGAACUAACGCAGAGGGCUUGGAACUGCAGCACUGGAAAGAGGCUAUGACGUCAAAGAAACCAAUCGCUCAAUGGCACAGUUUACGGGAAUAUCACCCGGCAGAUCAGGCAAUAACUGGCGUUGUAUCACCUACUCAUAAGUCUGUUAUAUCCAAAAAAAAACUUGCCAGGUUCUUCUCUACAUCAUCGGAGGAUGAGGGAUGAAAACUUUUCAUUGAAAAAGAUAUGUACAAGUCUGUUGUAUUUCCUGGGAAUGAGUCUUAUGUGCCCGUCGCUAUCUGUUUCCCAGGCAACAGCAAAGUGUAAGGAUGAAGACAUUGAUGACUACGGUGCUGUCAUUCGUUCACUCGUGCCCAGAUCACAAUGUUGCUCUCACUCUGCCGAUGCCUGAAGAAAUAGACUGGAGCGCAGAGUGAACACAAAUUGACUUUCAUGUUAAAAUCAUGGCUCUAUUCGCGUCUAAGUUUUCUUUGUUCCAAAAUCCAAAGCACAUGUAAAAAGAAAAAAAAAAAGAAAAGAAAAUGCCCAUGGUCUUGAAUAUUUUUUUCUUCUUCAACACAACCAAGUUUGUUCGUUUAAAAAGUUUAAACCUCCAGGAAAUGUUUGUACGAUUCAAAGGUGUAUUUAGUUCGCCACAAUCUAGGCAUAUUUGCAGUGCAGUUUGAGAUUAUAAAUGUUCAGUGAAAUGAGUAUUUGAUUACUUAAAAAACUGAACUUGAGGCUAAAAAACCACGAGGCUCAGGCAGUUCGUGAUCUUGAUUCCACAGACGCGUUGGGAAAAUUCGACGCAGUGCACAGCAACCUUAGCUAUUGUGCGUCUAACAUUGAGCAAACAAAAACAUUAGUUUGAACUCCAAGGAUGAUAAACUAUUCCUUACUAAAGAGUAAAUGUGAUGUCUCUCAGUCGAGAGAAGCUUUUGCCAAAACAAAACUGCAGGCGAAUCUUUUUCCCUGUUGUUUGAUGGUCAAGUGGAGUUGUAAAUAUACAAAACUAAAAGUCAGUUAUAAAUGAUUAUUAUUUUUUGUGCGCGUUUGUCAAUUUAUUUCCUCUAUUUUGAAUCGGUGAUUGGGUUUCUUAG